ACACUACUCUUUCUGGUAAUAAUUAUGGUGACUUUAACUGUUGGUUAUCCAUCCAAAGAAAAAUAUAAAAUUCGAAUACAUGUACCGAUUAAACAUCACACACACGUCCAUACAAAAACUGUCAUUAAAAAGGUUCCGCUACCGAUACCAAUUCCCGUGAAGGAACAUCAUGAACCAAAGAAACAUCACUAUGUAGAAGUAGACGAUGAGUUCGAAGGCUAUGAGUACCCGAAGAAGAAACAUCGUAAUAGACAUCCUUUCAUUUAGAAACGUAGAGUGUUUACUGUCUAUCUCAGACCCAAGUUUCAGUACAAAAUCAGUGCAAUAAACCACAAGUUUCCAAAUUGGGAGCUCAUAUGAAGACCAAAUAAAA